AAUACACCAAACUUGUGUUCUACUUACAUUUAUCAGAUUUAAGAGUCAAGCAAACAGUGAUCAAUUCAGUCAACUAUUCGAAAUUUUAAGAAUAUACACACAACACACAGGAUCUCCCAUGGCUGCAUUUGCAACUGCAGAAGCAUGUGACAGCAACGCAGAACUAAUAUCAAACGGAGACUUACGCGCUCUCCACCCAAUCUUCAAGAUCUAUGGCCAAAGAAGAUGCUUCUCAGGACCAAUCGUGACUCUCAAGGUCUUUGAAGACAAUGUCCUCGUCAGAAACCAACUAGAGACAAAAGGAGAAGGCGGAGUCUUAGUUAUAGACGGUGGUGGAAGCAUGAGAUGCGCACUUGUUGGAGGAAACCUCGGACAGUUAGCUCAGAACAACGGGUGGUCAGGGAUUGUUGUGAAUGGAUGCGUUAGAGAUGUGGAUGAGAUCAAUGACUGCGAUGUUGGGGUCAGGGCCUUGGGAUCUAACCCGUUGAAGUCUACAAAGAAAGGUCAUGGGGAGAAGAAUGUGCCGGUUCAUAUUGGAGGAACUUUGAUUAGAGAUGGAGAGUGGCUAUAUGCUGAUAGUGAUGGUAUCUUGAUCUCCAUGACCGAACUCUCUGUUUGAGUCAGAAGGUUUCCUUGAUAGUGCUAUGAGACUGCAGCUUCUUGAAGUAAGGUGGUUUAUUUGAAUUCUUAGUAAUCGGUUCAAUACUCUCCAAAUAAUCAUUUGUUGCAAUAUACCUACGUUUUAUGA